UCGCGCCUGGACAGCGGAGCACCCUCGGCCCGUCUCGCCGCUUGCCGCCACCAUGUUCCAGGGGCCCGACCCCGACGCGGCGAGACCCAGUUCCAGGGUGCUGCAGCCACCAGGUGGAACCUCCAGCAAUCUCUUUGGAAGCCCAGAGGCGCCGUCCUCUUCCAGGUCACACAGAAUGGCCUCCAGCAUAUUUGGAGCUGCUGAAGAACCUCUACAUUUCCCAAAGAGAACAAAUCCCCCAGGUGGGAAGGACAGUGGCAUUUUUGAGGAUCAUAAACCUACCCCAUCUCGGCAACUUACAAAUCCACCUGGAGGGAAAACAAGCAAUAUCUUUGGGUCUCCGUCGUCUGUCAGCACAGUCAAGGCACAUCCAAAUAAACCCAAGGAUCACACCUUUCUCUUGAAUGAUAGAGGGGAUUCGUCACAGGAAAUAAAAGUUACAGAAGACCAAAGAUCACAGGGACAAGACGUGAGUGACAAGAAGGAACCGCCGAAGGAGAGGACCAAAGAACCCGGCCCCAAGAUAGAUGAUCACGAGCCCAGGCUGGGACCACGGCCACGGUCCCACAACAAAGUCCUCAACCCCCCUGGAGGCAAAUCCAGCAUUGCAUUCUAUUAAGGAAGGCCACUCUCUCUUACCCACCCACCCCCAACACCCCACGCUUUCAUUAUCAGAACCAAAAGGCUAGUUUUCUGGUGCUCGAAGGAGGAGGCCCUUAGUGGUUUGGCUUAUUCAGUACGUGGCAGCCUCAGCCUUUCUGCUGUUUGUUUGUAAGAGAGGGGUGAGUCCUGAGCUCCUGCAUUCCCUCUGCAUUUUGAGCACAGUUAAGGAAGACUGCCUGUGACGGAUUGCAGAAGACAUUCCGAUUAAGGUGCGGUACUCAUUUUUGACGUGCUGGUCAGGUCAUGCAGCCUCGAAGGGAUUUCCUCUGGGUCUGAAAGGAAGGGAUGCUGCCCCUGGGUUGUCAUCUUGCAAAAAGCGAAGGAGAACCUUCCCAGGCAAAUCAGCUUUGAGAUCAAUUGCAGUUGAAAUGAAUCAUGCACCGAUCCCUUUCUGAAAGAGUUUUAAAAGCUUUCGUUUUGUGGCACUCUUUUGACUCGUUGGGUAGGCAAGCGGAGCGAUGAAACAAGUGGCUAUUUGAGGUUGUGAGUGGCGCAAAACAGUCUGUUGAGAGAGCCCAGCCAAACCACUUAAGUUUAAAAUUAGAUCCUGAAUCCUCUCCAAGGAGGCAGUUCAGUAGCUAGUGACUAACCCUGUCCUUCUUCACUAACCUCUGCGCAUAAGCUAUUCUGCCUGAAGAUUUUAACUUCCAUUAGGCUGUUUCUGCUUCUGCCGCAGAAAAGGUUCUAGUCUAAUUUUCUGCUGACUCUUAGUCUGUUCCCCUUUUUGCCCUUUGGUUGCCUUUGGCUACUUCUGUCUCCCUUUUGGAAACAUUGCUAGGUCUUCCCAAGCAGAGACAGCACUGUUACCUUUAAAGGUGGAGCUUUGCUGCUGCCUGUUUAGUUUUUCCGGUUCUUUGGCUCACCUCCUUCAUUCCGUCUGCCAGCAGAGAAAAAAAUCAAGUUGUGGGGCCCACCAGUUCCAGUAGGGCAGGCAGUAACAAAAGGGGGGUAGAGUAACAAAGGGUUAUUUAACCACGGUGGUCUCAUAGCUCACAUAUUCGCCCCCCUGUGCUUUCCAGGAACAGUCCCUUGCCCCAUCUCCUCCUCAGCAGCUCCUUCCCACGUACGCCUGCUUUGAACAUUGCAUAGUGCCAAUUCACAUGGCUGCACAGAUCCUGAACACCAGUCCCCCAAAUGGCCAGGGCGUUGAUGCCUAACAAGGUUUCCUAACAGAAGAAAGCUUGAGAACCAAGGUAUUGAAAGUGCCUCAUAUAUAAACAGAGGGGCUGCUAAAAGGGGGCUCAUCCAAAGAGCAUUAGAGGUUUUGACUUCUUCUCUCCCUGUAACACUCAAGUGCUAGUUUCCAGAACAGAAGCCUGAAUGUUCAGGAAUAGAGAUGGAGAGAAUUCCUUGGAAGGAUAUGAGUGUGAAAGCUUUCUUUAAGAAAAGAA